CUUUUUUGAAACCUCUGUGAUAACUGCACGUUGCGAUGCAAUCCCCUCUUUUCUAAAGGAACUGCUUCAACACGAGCAGCUAGCUCUUGGUUAACUGUCAUGCUCCAGGGUACAGGAUCCGUCAGAAUGGAAAAUACACCAGAAAACAAAUUUCACUCUUAAAAAGACUGUACAAAAUUUCUCAACAUAGGACCAUGGAUGGUUCUACCAAUAGUCUGGAUGAUGUGUCGGCAGACAGCAGCGCUGAGUUCCCAGACCGGGUCUCCAUGAUGGAGGGCCGUCUGCAGGCGCAGGAAGAUGAGAUCACACUGCUGAAGUCAUCACUGGCCGACGCGCUGCGAAGGCUUCGUGUCCAUGACCAGCUGAUCCCCCUGCUGAAACAGCAGCUGAUUGCAGUGAACCCAGCUGCAGCCCGGGUCCUGAACCAGGUCUGUUCCGAAGGUUGCUCCCGUGGUCGUAAACAGUCGUCCAGCUCAGCCCCAGAUGAACUACGACACCCAAACACCAGCCAAGUGACUAACAGUCAUGGUGAGAAUGGCCACAUUGGUGAUUCCGUAUCCCCAGUCCCAAGGCCCAGACCCCCCACUCUGGACAGGUCUACCCAGACAGAUCCUCCUGCGCUGGGGCAGGACCCAGGGCAGGACAGGGUGCCCCUGGCUCUCACCAGAGCCACCCAGAGCCUCUCCCUGGAGGACGCCCUCCCUGGGGGGGGGUCAGUGUUGGAGGGGGCCCGGGCCAAGCUGCACCGAAUCCAGGGUAUGGAAGAGGAGGAUGAGGAAGGAGAGGAUGAAGCUGGCAGGGAGAGAGAGAAGGACUUGAGCUGGGCUUCUUCCCUGGUGGAGGAACCUAUCCACCCCACCACCAUGAGGAGCCUCCAGCGGGAGGUUCUCCAGGAGGCCAAUGGACCAGAGGAGCAGAGCUCAGCCCCCCAGACCCCCUCCCCGAGCUCCCCGGCUGCCCCGAAGGACCAGACCCCCAUCCCCAGAGCCGGACCCCUGUCCACCAUCCUGGAGGGAGAGAAGAAACCUCUGGUCCGCAGGAACAGUGAAAAACUGGCUAAGGAGACCCAGGAGAAGACCAAAAAACGACUGGACAAGAAGGCCGCGUCCUCGGCCAACCUCCUCACCCGCUCCCCCAGUCUGGAGAGCCGGGCCAAAGACCUCGUCUCCACUGCAGGUUCACCAGGAUCGAGAAGGGCGACCUACAGCCAAGGUCAAUCAAUUAAGAUGUUCAUCCGCGGUCGACCAAUCACCAUGUACAUCCCCUCAAACAUACAGAACUACGAAGAUCUGAAAAUGGAACCGCCCGCUGAGAAACUGGAACUAGACUGGGUCUACGGUUACCGAGGCCGAGACUGCAGGGCCAACCUGUACCUGCUGCCGUCGGGGGAGGCCGUGUACUUCAUCGCCUGCGUGGUGGUGCUGUACCACGUCAACAGCCGCACCCAGCGCCACUACCGCAAGCACACCGACUGUGUCCGCUGUCUGACCAUCCAUCCAGACAAGGUGCGCGUGGCGUCGGGACAGACCGCCGGAGUGGAUAAAGAUGGGAAGCCCCUGCAGCCUUUUGUCCACAUCUGGGACUCGUCCACGCUGGUGACCCUGCAGCAGAUCGGCCUGGGCACCUUCGAGAGAGGCGUGGGAUCUGUGGCCUUCUCCACGGCCGACUGUGGAGCUUACCUGUGUGUGAUUGAUGACUCCAACGAACACAUGCUGUCUGUGUGGGACUGUGCCAAAGGCACCAAGCAUGCUGAGGUUAAGAGCACUAACGAGGCUGUGUUUGCUGUGGAGUUCAACCCCAGCGACAGCGGCAUAAUCAUCACCUGUGGGAAGUCUCACGUCCACUUCUGGACCCUCAGCGCCGGAUCCCUCACCAAGAAACAGGGCAUCUUCGGGAAAUACAAGAAGCCCAAGUUCAUCCAGUGUUUUGUGUUCAGUCUGACGGGAGACGUGCUAACAGGUGACUCCGAUGGGAACAUCCUCACCUGGGGCAAAUCUCCGGGUGAUGUCAAAACGCUGGGGAAAGGAGCCAAAGAGACCUUUCAGAUCAUGCGGCAGACGCAGGCCCACGAGGGCAGUGUGUUUACCCUGUGCAUGCUGCAGGGCGGCGCUGUGCUCAGCGGCGGAGGCAAAGACCGCAAGAUCAUCCGGUGGAGUGCCGACCUGGCGCCCGAGAGAGAGUGUGAGAUUCCAGAGAUGUUUGGUGCGGUCCGUACCCUCGCGGACAUUGAUGGGGAGGAGCUGUUAGUUGGUACAACCCGAAAUGCCAUACUGAGAGGCACUUUCUCAGACGGCUUUGUGGCCAUAGUACAGGGUCAUAUGGAUGAGAUGUGGGGCUUGGCCACACAUCCCUCCCAGAACACCUUCUUCACGUGCGGCCAUGACAAACAGGUGUGCCUGUGGAACACCGAGGAACACAAACUGGACUGGUGCACCACACUGGAGGAGUACGGACUCUGUGCGGAUUUCUGUCCAAACGGGGCAGUGGUGUCUGUUGGCCUGAGCACAGGGAGGUGGUUGGUGCUGGACAUGCAGACUAGAGAGGUCGUCUCAGACUUCACCGACGGCAACGAGCAGCUGUCUGUCAUGAGAUACUCGCCAGAUGGGAGCUUCCUGGCAGUGGGUUCCCACGACAACUUCAUCUACAUCUACACGGUCGCAGAGUCCGGCCGCCGCUACACCCGCUACGGAAAGUGCAAUGGUCACUCCAGUUUCAUCACUCACCUUGAUUGGUCCAAAGACGGGAAGUAUAUCAUGUCCAACUCGGGCGACUACGAGAUCUUGUACUGGGAAGUGGCCGGGGGCUGCAAGCUGCUGAGGAAUCGCUUUGAGAGCAAAGACAGAGAAUGGGCGUCCUACACUUGUGUGUUAGGCUUCCACGUCAUGGGCGUGUGGUUGGAGGGCUCGGACGGGACAGACAUCAACGCUCUCUGCCGCUCCCACAGCGAGAGGGUGGUUGCCGUGGCCGACGACUUCUGCAAGGUCCACCUCUUCCAGUACCCCUGCCCCAAACUGAAGGCCCCGAGUCACAGGUAUGAGGGCCACGGCAGUCACGUGACCAACGUGCGCUUCACCCACUGUGACAGACACCUGCUCUCCAUUGGGGGGAAGGACACCUGCAUCCUCCAGUGGAGGGUGACGAGAGCAGGGACGGGGGACAGCAGCGAGCGCUUGGCCUCCGCCCAGGCCUCAGCCCCGGCCUCAGCCCCAGCCUCCUCCAGCUCCUACGAAUCUGGCUCGUGAAGAUGAGAGAACAGGAACGUUGUUUUGUAAAGUGAUUUGUUUACAGAGUGGAAGAGAAUUUUGAGUGAGAGAGAUUGACAGAGAGGUUAGAGAUUGGCAGAGAGAGAGAGGGAGAUUCUUGACACAGAAAAAAGAGAGACUCUGUGAUACAGAUUUUGGGUUCUUGCUUUGAGGGGUUACCAUGGAGUCCUUAACCUACAGGAUUCUCAUUUCAGAGGAUAAUGAUAGAUUUGUACAAUGUGAGCCACAUGUUAUGACAUAAAGUUAAAUGCCUAACUUUUGCCAGAACAGAAUAUAUUUUAUUCUGUUUGCCUUUUGUGAAUUUCCAGUUUUGACAUAUUUGAAGGUCAAUGUUUUUGUGUUUUUAUGUCGGAUUGCCAUUAUAUAUCCUAAUCUUUAUGACAAAGAAGUCAAAUUCUACAUUCCAAAGUUUUCGUUUGAAGUUGUAUAACUUUGUGUAAAUGACCACAAUGGUUUUGCUUUACGGAUAUGUAUUUGUCAUAGUCUUUUAUCAAACUUUUUAACUCUAAAAUGUCUUUACACUUCCUGUUUGCCUCCACAUAAUCUUAAAGUGCCUGAAUAAAACAUUGUAUGAAUCCUGA